GCUCUUCUUCGUCCUCCCUAAAACCCUGAUCAGCUAGUUACUGAAACCACCGACCGAGUCAACUCACUCCGCCACCUUACUCACUCAGUUAUCAGUUCAAACAAUAACAUGCGAAUCCUUUCAAAUGCUCGCAGACUCGGUAGGGUUCUAAAGCCCCCUGCAAUCCUCCUCGAUUCGCACCAUCCAUUGCUCUCCUCUUACUCCUCUCUUCAGGGUCAACACCGCCGCUAUGCCUCCUCAGUUGAUUUUACAGGGAUGUGUCAAGGAGGUUACUUGGAUAUGCCACAACAUCCAAUUUCUUUGAUGAUGUCUAGGAAAUCUUUCUCGUCGGGAGCUGGAACUAUCACUGGCAAUCCAACAGAGGGUGUGAAGGAAGUCUAUGAUAAAAUGCUUGAAUCUGUGAAUGUUAAACGCACAAUGCCCCCAAAUGCUUGGCUAUGGUCAUUGCUUGAGAGCUGUAAAAACCAUGAGGAUAUUGAGCUUUUGUUUGAUAUUUUGAAGAACCUCCGACGAUUUCGACUGUCAAAUCUUCGCAUUCAUGAGAAUUUUAAUUGUAAUCUUUGUCGGGAAGUGACAAAGACAUGUGUUCAUGUAGGGGCUCUUGAUUUUGGAAAGAAAGCCUUGUGGAAGCACAAUGUGUAUGGACUUACUCCAACUGUUGGAUCUGCCCACCAUUUAUUGUCAUAUGCUAAAGAUCACAAUGAUGUUAAUCUCAUGGUGGAGGUAGUGGAUCUUUUGAAAAAGAAUAACUUACCACUACAACCAGGGACAGCAGAUAUUGUUUUCAGAAUUUGUUAUGAGACGGACAAUUGGGAGUUGAUCUCUAAGUAUGCAAAAAGGUUUGUUAUGGCUGGAGCAAAAUUGCGAAAAACUUCCUUUGACACAUGGAUGAAAUUUGCAGCCAAAAGAGGGGACACUGAGUCACUAUGGAGAAUAGAGAAAUUGAGAUCUGAGACAGUGAAGCAGCACAGCGUUUCUAGUGGCUUUUCAUGUGCUAAAGGUUUUCUCCUAGAACGAAAGCCUCAGGAUGCUGCAGGUAUCAUUCAAUUAGUUGAUCAGACUUUACCCGAUUCAAAAAAGUCAGGUAUCAUGGAUGAACUUGAGAAACUGGUAAAUGAAUGGCCUUUUGAAGUUAUUAAGCAUCAAAGCGACGAGGAUAGGAAGGCAUUGGCUGCUUCUUUAAAAUCUGAUAUUCCUGCCAUGGUUGGUCUAUUGAGCUCUGGUUCAACAGUGAGAGUAAAUCUGGAAGAUCUUGACAAAAAUGAAAUUCCAUGUUGAGGCAAUGGAGAUCGGACUACAUUCUGAAGCGCUGCAGGAACUUGUUAUCACAGAACUGAGCUGCUAGUGCAUUGACGAUUCAGAAACUGUUACCAGGAGAUAAUGUUCUUCAAUUACUCAAUUCUUACAAGAGACUUCUAAACUCGUCACUGGCAUCACCAGUUUAGAACAAAAUUUUUGCCAAUUAUUCGUUUUGGAUGCAAUUCAGUCUUGAUAAAACUCAUAAUUUUAC